AUGGGUCUCAAGUUUUGGGAGAAUCAAGAAGAUCGGGCGAUAGUGGAAUCCACAAUAGGCUCCGAAGCUUGCGAAUUCUUCAUCUCAUCGGCUUCCUCCAACCCCGCCCUGACCAAGCUAGUCUCGCCGCCGCCGAGCGAUCCAAACCUCCAACAAGGGCUACGUCACGUCGUCGAAGGCUCCGAUUGGGAUUACGCCAUCUUCUGGCUAGCCUCAAACGUCAACAGCUCCGAUGGCUGCGUCUUGAUCUGGGGAGACGGCCAUUACCGUCUCAAAAAGGGAAGCUCCGGCGAGGACUUCUCUCAGCAAGACGAGACCAAAAGGCGUGUGCUUCGCAAGCUUCACCUCUCCUUCAUCGGUUCCGACGAAGAUCACCGUCUCGUCAAAUCUGGACCUCUCAACGACCUCGACAUGUUCUUCCUCGCUUCUCUAUACUUCUCCUUCAGGUGCGACACCAACAAGUACGGUCCCGCCGGAACGUACGUCUCCGGGAAGCCGCUCUGGGCUGCGGAUUUGCCUAGCUGCUUGAGUUACUACAGGGUUAGGUCUUUCUUGGCGAGAUCCGCCGGUUUCAAGACUGUCUUGUCCGUGCCAGUGAAUUGCGGAGUUGUGGAGCUUGGCUCUUUGAAUCACAUUCCGGAGGAUAAGAGUGUGAUUGAGAUGGUGAAGUCAGUCUUUGGCGGAUCUGACUUCGUUCAUGCUAAAGAAGCUCCUAAGAUCUUCGGCAGGCAGCUGAGCCUCGGCGGAUCGAAACCGCGGUCGAUGAGCAUAAACUUCUCACCGAAGACGGAGGAUGACUCAGGCUUCUCCUUGGAGUCUUACGAGGUGCAAGCAGCGAUCGGAGGAUCCAAUCAGGUGUACGGCUACGAGCAAGGGAAAGACGAGGCGGCUUUGUAUGUGACGGACGAGCAGAAGCCGAGGAAGAGAGGGAGGAAGCCGGCGAACGGGAGAGAAGAGGCGUUGAACCACGUGGAAGCGGAGAGGCAGAGGAGGGAGAAGCUGAACCAGAGGUUCUACGCGUUGAGAGCGGUUGUGCCUAACAUCUCCAAGAUGGACAAGGCGUCGCUGCUCGCUGACGCGAUCACGUAUAUAACGGAUAUGCAGAAGAAGAUUAGGGUGUACGAGACGGAGAAGCAGAUCAUGAAGAGGAGGGAGAGUAAUCAGAUAACUCCGGCCGAGGUUGAUUAUCAGCAGAGGCACGAGGACGCGGUGGUGAGGCUGAGCUGUCCGUUGGAGACUCAUCCGGUUUCGAGGGUUGUGCAGGUGUUUAGAGAGAAUGAAGUCAUGCCUCAUGACUCGAGCGUGGCCAUCACAGAGGAAGGUGUGGUUCAUACGUUCACUCUCCGGCCUCAAGGUGGCUGCACCGCUGAGCAGUUGAAAGAUAAGCUCUUGGCUUCUCUCUCACAGUAG